CGGGCUUUGACUUUUAUCUCCCAGCGGCGCCCUCGACCGACGAUGUCGUUCUCAAUACGCACUACCCUGUUCCACAAGUCCUUACACGGUCGUCGUCAUUUCUUCCAAACGGCGAAUUUGUCGGCACACCGCCAGAUCGGCAACACAUUAAGAUCGACUAGUAUCAGCCGUCCUACCCUGUUUAAGGGACUUUCGGCUGUCGGUCUGGGACUCGGAAUCUCUGCCCUGUCGACCCCACGUAUCAUUUGCGAAAGUCCGCGCCCCUUCGUGGUAUCUUCAGCAGGUUCAGCUUCAUCCCCUGGAAAUGAUCUACCUCCGCCCCCCUCGUCCGUUGUCAAUGUCUACGAACUUGGAUUCGGAACUGUAGCAGGUAUAUGCGCGGGCGUGUUCAUCAAGAAAGGAGCCAAGGCGGUCGCCUUUUUCUGCGGCGGUAUCUUUGUCUUGCUCCAGUACUUUGGAUCUUUCGGAGUGGUCAAAGUCGAUUGGCAGGCUGUCGGAACCAAGUUCCAGCACCUUUUCUACACCAGAGACCCCAAGUCCGGGAACAAGGCCACACCAACUAUCUACACAGUAUGGGUCUGGAUGGUCGAUUUCUUAACGGCGGAUUUCCAGCCCCGAGCAUCGUUCAUCGCAGGGUUGGCCCUCGGUCUACGCAUUGGCUGAGGAUUCAAGCUCAGGAAGAGUUCAAGCAAAGUAGACAACGCGUAAACAGUUGUACACAAUCCGAUCACUACUUUUUCUCUCUCCAAAAUAUGGGUCGCCGCGCAAAAAACAAGCAAGGGCCGCCGGAGCCUUACGAUCCUGAAAAAUACGCUUUUUCGAAGAAACUGGGAAAGCGUAAGGCCGACGAUUCUGAAGAACGAGCUCGUCCGGCGAAAAAGAGCAAAGAGUCUGGCGCUACCAAUGCAUCGAAGCUCAAGCCCAAAGCCAAACCUGCCAAAAAGGCGUCCAGACCGAAGCCGACUGAGGAUUCUGGCUCCGGAGACGGUUGGGAAGAUGUUGCGGAUGGUGCUCAGAUCGGGGACUUGGAUAGUCUGUUGGGUGACGAUGACGAUGACAUGCUCCGUGGGCCGGCACAAGAAUUUGACUUUGGUUCGGACGCAGAAGAUCCUGAUGAUAUGCCGCCGACGAGACUGAAUUCGAGAGCCAAACUACCGAACGGAGGAUCUUCUGAUGACUCUGACGAGGAAGACGAUGAGGAGGAGCGCGUGACGAUGGCCAACAUGGAAGCCCGUUCGAGAGCACUCGACCUGCAGGCUGCAGCGGAGGCAGAACUCGAUAUCGAGGAAGCUCAACUCGCAGCCGUUGAGGCCGACGACGAAGAUGAGGAUGUAGACAUGGAUGGGGAAGAGGACGCAAAUGGUGACAUGAGCGCCGAACCCUUCACAUUACCCACCGCCGAGGAACGCGAGGCAGAAAAGAUCAAAGUUCCCGAUGUGCACACCGUGCAGAGGCGAAUGAGGCAAUGUGUCCGAGUGCUCGGAAGGUUCAAAAAAUUGGCUGAGGCGGGAAGAGCACGUUCAGAAUAUAUUCAGCAACUUAUCGCCGAUAUUGCAAGCUACUAUGGAUAUAACGAGUUCCUCACAGAAAAGUUGUUUCAUCUGUUCUCGGUCCCGGAGGCGAUCGAAUUUUUCGAGGCAAACGAAGUGUCUCGACCGGUGACCAUCAGGACGAACACUCUUCGCACCCGACGUCGCGACCUUGCUCAAGCACUUGUCAACCGCGGUGUUAAUUUGGAGCCGAUUGGGAAGUGGACCAAUGUCGGUCUACAGAUUUUCGAGAGCAGCGUUCCCAUCGGUGCUACACCGGAAUAUCUCGCCGGUCACUACAUGCUGCAGGCUGCGUCCUCAUUCCUGCCGGUCAUCGCGCUGAGCCCUCAACCCAACGAGCGCGUGCUGGAUAUGGCAUCCGCACCCGGCGGUAAGUCGACGCAUAUCGCUGCUCUGUUGCAAAACACCGGUGUGGUUUUCGCGAACGAUGCCAAUAAGGCUCGAACGAAGAGUUUAUCUGCCAAUGUCCACAGACUGGGAUGCACAAACGUUGUCGUUUGCUCCUAUGACGGACGGGAGUUUCCCAAGGUCAUGGGGGGCUUUGACCGUGUCCUGCUUGAUGCACCGUGCAGUGGGACUGGUGUCAUCAGCAAGGACGCCAGCGUGAAGACAAAUAAGGCUAGUUCCCUCAUCACACACUUAUCUGUCUGUUGUACUAAUAGUUUACUGUUUGUGCAGAGUGAUCGGGAUUUCACCCUUCUCUCGCAUCUCCAAAAGCAACUUAUCCUUUGCGCGAUCGACAGUGUUAGCCCCGAGUCCAAGACGGGUGGUUACCUUGUGUACUCGACCUGUUCCGUUAUGGUCGACGAAAACGAGGCUGUGGUUGACUAUGCGCUUCGCAAGCGACCGAACGUGCAGCUAGUUGAAACAGGGCUGGGGUUCGGUGUGCCUGGUUUCACCCGUUUCCGGGGAAAGACUUUCCAUUCGAGUGUUUCUCUGACCCGGCGGUUUUAUCCGCAUGUGCACAACAUGGAUGGCUUUUUCGUGGCCAAAUUCAAAGUCGAGAAGCGUGCCAAGCGGUCGAAAGCGGUUGACGAAGACGAUGGCGGCACGGUUGAAGUCAUUGCCGAAGACGGAACUGUCGAAAAUCCGGUCAUCGAUGAGCAAGUUGGCUUCGAUCCUGAGGAGGAUGAACCUUAUCUCCAGGGUCAGCAGGCGUUCUUUCUGGAUCUGAUCACCAACGCUGACGACUGGGCAGAUGCUAAAAGACGGAGGAUGAAAGCCAAGGGCCUGCGCCCAUCGCGGAAAUUCUCGAAAGCCACGGCUUGA